CUGCGUCUAAGUUGCUGCGAGUUGUAGAAGCGCUGGCUAAAGACAACAUGUAUCCCCGUCUUCCAGAAGGCCAGGACGAUGCCAUUCGCUUCGACGAGGGGUUAGCACAGGCUGCGGAUGGAAUUGCUGCCUUUACCCGAGGUCUCGUUGAUGAGGUUGCAAAGUGUAUCAGUCUCUCAGACCCAGAGUCGCUGACUGAAGGCGAAAUCGCCGCGAUGAAGGCCUCUAUAGAUGAUCUGGAUUCGAAGCAGCGCUCCAUCUUCGUGUCAGCGGGCUUGAACAAUCUCACAUCCAGCUUGCGCCACUGGACUGACCAUGCUUCGAUACUUUCAAACAACAUUGAGAUCGAGCAUGGACCUACGCCGUGGUCUCAGAAGGCCAAGGAGGUCGAGGCUGCCCGCAAGAAAGAUGACGAGGCUGUGCGUCAAUUGCAGGCCCUCACAGCGGAGCACCGUGCUACUGUGCUCAAGAUUCACGAGCGUGAGCAGAUCAUUGCUACAAAGGAACUUGAGAUUGAGCACCUAUCGGCUAAGAUCCGAGAUGCUGCUUCUAAGACUGAGGGUGUUGAAGCUCUACAAGAGGAGCUCGCCCAACGUCACGAGCAGAUCAUGGAGCUUGAGGAGCAGAACAGAGCCCAGGCGAUGGACCUGGAGGCUCUGAAGGAGCGUCUGGCCAAUGUUGACGAGUCUAGACGAAACGACCCUGAGCUGACCACGGAGAACACCACUGCGCCGAUUGAGCAACCCCAGCAAGCCGCCGACCCCCGGAGCGUUCCAGGAGGACUCAAGACGUUCAUCGACGCUCUUCAAAACGAGAACCAUUGGCUGCGCGAGCGCCAGCACAAGGAAGCAUUCGACCGCAACUUCAGGGAAAUAUUUAGCACCAUGGACCACUCUCGACAUGCCGCGCAGAUGCCAUCAAUGUCCAGACUUGACGCACUCGAGCUGGCCUGGCUUACCGAUGACGACUCUGAAGGCGUGGAAGCAUCCUCGCGAACAUCCAGUCCUAUUCCAGGCGACUCGAACUUGGCGUACCACAUUCCCCAUGCACAUGCCUAUGGCCGCCCUAAGAUGUCGGCUCUCGAACUCACGCAUAUCAGCCUCGGCUGGGAAGAGCGUGCGCACAGCCAUAAGCUGGCUUUGGAGCAGGCCGAGGAGGAGCUCAUGCUCAUGUCUAUGAUUCAGGAAGAUGAUGAUGAUUUAUCCUUUAUUGCUCCGUAGAAUUGCUGCAAACACAGGUUUGGAAAAUUCAUGUCGCAUCUGGGGCAUCGUGGAGGUUUGAUGGGUUUGUCUGCUUGCUGAGAUCGAGUUGUAGUCGACAGUUUGCAUGGAGAUUAUUGAAUCACGUUUGGGCAUAAAGGCGUUUGGACACAUAUACACACACCCUCUCUCUCUC